AUGGACACAAAACAAGGGUUGUUCUCCACACUGAAAAACGACUUAAUGAAAUCCAUGUUACCGGCGAGCAGUGGUUCUCCGAUUUCAACUUUACUCCGGCGAAGGAAGAAAGACCAUGUUCCUCCACUGGACUUGCUCUUUGUAGAAAGAUACCCCUCUAGGCCACCGGUGGAAGCAAUGUCGCCGUUGAAAGAGGGUCCUGAGGAAACAGAAUGCAGCUUCUCCGGUUCUUCCUCUUCCGAUCUCAGGCUGCUGCUUGGUGUUCUUGGUGCUCCUCUGGCUCCUCUCCGUGUCAGCAUCACUGACCCCUUUCCUCAUCUAGCUAUCAAAGACAUUCCCGUUGAAACAUCUUCUGCUCAGUACAUAUUGCAGCAGUACAUUGCUGCUUCUGGGGGAUUGAAGCUUCAAGAUUCUGUUUACAAUGCUUAUGCAAUGGGAAAGAUGAAGCCAGACAUGUGGUAUGUGGAGCUUUCUCUUGGUGGAAGCAAGGUCCAUGCAGGUUGCAAUGGGAGACUCGUGUGGCGGCACACACCGUGGCUUGGUCCUCAUUCAGCCAAAGGGCCACCUAGGCCUCUAAGGCGCGCUCUACAGGGUCUUGAUCCGAGAACAACGGCAAGCAUGUUUAUCAAUUCGAGAUGUGUUGGAGAGAAGAAGAUAAAUGGAGAGGACUGUUUCAUUCUCAAAAUAUGUUCCGAUCCAUCCACAUUAAAAUCGCGAAGCGAAGGUUCAGCAGAGAUCAUAAGACAUGUUUUGCUAGGACAUUUCAGUCAGAAGACAGGACUUCUUAUUCACUUGGAAGAUUCUCAUUUGACUCGUAUUCAGAACAACGGAGGCGAUGCUGUAUAUUGGGAGACAACUAUCAAUUCAUUUCUUGAUGAUUAUAGGCCUGUUGAAGGAAUAAUGAUUGCUCACUCGGGUCGUUCUCAUGUGACGCUUUUCAAGUUUGGAGAAACAGCAAUGAGCCACACAAAAACUAGAAUGGAAGAAGCAUGGAUAAUUGAAGAAGUGGCUUUCAAUGUCCCUGGCCUUUCUAUGGACUGUUUCAUUCCUCCAGCUGAGCUAAGAUUUGCUUCUGUGACUGAAACUUGUGAGGAGUGA